AGUGGCUGAACUGAUUCACUUCCACCUUCAUCCUCUGGGUGGCCCUCUAGCACACAAAAACAAACAGUAUUUGACUGCCGUUAACCUUCGGCAGUGAAUUGAGCCACGCCUCCUCCUCCUCCGACCGCUCCGCCUCUUUGGCGAUGUCACAUUUCCUCCUCAUCGGUACCAGGGUCUGGCACCGUUUGUCCACAUGUGCCUGUAAAUCUAAACAUAACGUUUGAAUAAUAAAAGAUUACUACAGGAAGUUGUUUGUUUGUCACGUGACUAACUGUUUUUUCUGCCCCCUGUGGUCAGUUUUGAUAUGACAGUCUACAACUGUACUGUCAACUCUGAAACAAAGUGCACUUCUACAGACUAGUCCAACAGGGGGCACAAUCGAGCCCCAUGUUGGACCAGUCUGUGAAUGUGUUUUAAGAGACAGUUGGAACCAAAGAGUACCAGCCAAACCAGUAAUCAGUACCAGGACGUCCUGGUGACUAAUGAACCAGUCACAGCACUCACGCCCCCUGUAGGCGCUAAUGAUUCACUGACGGGUGGUAUCUGACACUUACCGUUUGACGACAAUACAUCACGUGACUCACGGAUCAGUCGCUGGAACUCAUUUCCGUCGUCUUGAUUUUGCCCGGACCACGAUGGUGGCGACUGUGACGCCAGACGUCGUCCUUCCGUUCAUUGGUCAAUAAUGGGACAUGAUGAAGGCUCUUCUUUCUCCACUUCCGGUCGCCGUGAUCCCCGAUGUUUCAUAGAGAAUCGAAGUGAAAUCGAUGUCCAGCUUCUCCACAGCACAGCUAACAGCACAGCUAACAGCACAGCUAACUGUUAGCCUCAGCAGCUGAAUGAGAGACUGACGUUUCUCCCACAUCUGCGAGUGAAGGAGCGGCAGCUGCGGACGUACGUGUGUGUGUGUGUGGUUCUGGUGAAUGGGCUCGUGAACCCCCCCUCAUGGCGAGCGCGGAGUCGGACGCCCUGGCAGUGGUGACCCAGCUGAAGGAGCUGGCCUCUGACCCCAUGAACCGCCGAGCCAUCGUUCAGGACCAGGGCUGUCUGCCGGGACUCAUCCUGUUCCUGGACCACAGCAACCCCCAGGUGGUCUACGCCGCCCUGCUGGCGAUCCGUUACCUGGCCGAAUGUCGAGCCAACAGGGAGAAGCUGAAGGAGGAGCUGGGGAUGAUGGUGAGCCUCCAGAAGGUGUUGGACCAGUCCAGCUCUCCUGGAGAGACCAGGCUCCUGGCUGCUGAGAUCUUCCAGCUCCUGAAGACAUCCACUCAUGCUGUGGAUGCACAGGGCAGCCACCAGGCGGCGAUGGUCAGCAGCUGCCGCCACAGAACUCGGUUUUUCCUGGGCUCCAGCAACAAGAGAGCAAAGACGGUGACCCUGCAGAUCGAAGGACUGGACGACGCCAGCCGCAGGUGUGUGUGUGAGGACGCUCUGCUGAAGGUCAGAGGGGUCAUCAGCUUCACCUUCCAGAUGGCCUUAAGGAGAUGCAUCAUCAGGAUUCGCUCUGACCUGAAGGUGGAGGUCCUGGCAGCAGCCAUCUCCUCCACCCAGGUGAUGAAGGCUCAGCAGGUGGUGAAGACGUCUGCUGGUGAGGAGGUGCUGGUACCGAUCGCCGAGGAUGGUUCCGUGAAGCUGGAGCAGAACCCGGAGCUGCCGGACUACCUCCCUGAGGACGAGAGUCCGUCCCAGGAGCCGGACAAGGCCGUCAGUCAGGUGGGCUCGGGUCUGGACGGGCCCGGCUGGCUCGGUGCCACCGCAAACUUCCUGUCUCGCUCUUUCUACUGGUGACCCCGCCCACCGCGUCAGCAGGUGGAACUGUGGUUCUGGACAUUGACCAGGGAGCAGCUCCUGGUGAAGGAUUGAAUUAGAUUUGGGUCAAAGGUCAUGACCCCUACUGGACUUUUAUUUUGUCUGAAAGGUUCUGACAAUAAAACUCUGAGAAGUUGUACGCCCAUAUUUGGUCUGAUUGUCUUU